GGAGGACCCACGGGUAUUGGUAAUCAGCCCGAUCGGAUGCUACUUGUGUCGGUCUCUCUAGCUGCCGUUGCUGACCUCCCCUGUGCUAUAUUAUUAAUUUCCGUUACACCUGCCCAAUGUUUACCACAAUAUAAAAGCUCUCAAGAUCCCCCUUCUCCACCAUCAGCAGUUCAUAUCCUUCCAGUUUAACCCACUCGUUCAGUCUUAGCCAUCAUGUCUUCCUACACGCUCGCAGACGGAACCCUCCCGCACGCCACAGCCGCCGUCAAGGUGCUGUCCCACCUCCUUGACAAGGUCGAGCAGUCUACCUCUCCCAGCCCAGAGGCCCUCCUAGCCGCCCGCCUCCACGAGAGUAUGCUUCCCCUGGCCAGCCAAUUCCACUUCGUCGCCGACUGGGUCGUCAAGCUCGUUGCCCGCCUGGAGGGCACGGAGCCGAAGAGCCUCGGCGCCCAUGACUCCCUCAAGACGGUUGCCGACGCCCGCGCCCGCAUCGACGCUGCCGCUGCCGUGGUCGCGUCUGCUGACGCCGCUAAGAUCGCUAGCCGCAGCAACGAGCUCGUCGAGUUCGGCAUGGGGCCCGGCAAGCCCCCCGGGCAUCUCAAGGCGCAGGACUAUGCUGCUGGCUACAGCUUGCCAAACAUCUACUUCCACGUCACGACCGCCUACAACAUUCUGCGCAAGGAGGGCAUUGAGCUCGGAAAGCGUGACUUCAUUGCCCCCUUCAUCUCACCUUAUAUGAGCUAGUUUGAGACCGCAAGGAGGAAUACGAGGUCUGCAACGGGAAACAUAUAGAGCAAAUAAAGAGCUCUCUGGAGCUACUUGAACGACGCAAACUUGGCCUGACUGAACCCACC